AUGAAGCCUUCCAGCAUUUCCGCCCUUCUCGCGGGAGCUAGCAUGUCUGUUGCUCUCCCUCAUAUGGAUAGUCCUCGUGAAAGACUCAGACGAGGCUUGCCUCUUGAGAAAGGAUUGGCAAAGAGAGACGAUACCAACCCAUACACGAAGAACUUCACUGACCCCUACGAUUCUGCAAUCGACUCCGUUGGCAAGAACUUGGACCCUCUUCCUUACCGCAAUGGUGAAGGAGCAUCAGUUCUUGGUCCUUGGAACAAGGAGCGUUCUCGCCAAAACCCUGAUUUGGUCCGUCCCCCCAGUACGGACCACGGGGACAUGCAGAAUAUGCGAUGGAGCUUCGCCGACUCUCAUAUCAGAAUAGAGGAGGGUGGAUGGACCCGACAAACUACAUCCCGUGAGAUGGCGGCUAGUUCGGAGAUUGCUGGUGUCAAUAUGAGGCUCGAUAAAGGUGUCAUCCGUGAGCUUCACUGGCACACGCAGGCUGAAUGGGCCUAUGUUCUCGACGGCGAAGUCCGCGUCACAGCCCUCGACUAUGAUGGAGGAAACUAUAUCCAGGACCUAAAGAAAGGUGACCUGUGGUACUUCCCAACGGGUGUUCCCCAUUCUCUCCAGGGUCUCGGCGAGAAUGGCACGGAGUUCUUGCUUAUCUUCGACAGCGGCGAAUUCUCCGAGGAAUCUACAUUUCUCCUGACUGAGUGGCUUGCUCAUACUCCCAAGUCUGUCAUCUCCAAGAACUUCCACCUUGCCCCUGAGGUUUUUGAUCACCUCCCGAAGGAGCAAAAGUACAUCUUCCAAGGAACGUACCCAGACACCAUCGAUAAGGAUCGCCCUUCUGGAAGUGAUGCCAAGAUCUCCGAUGUCGAGUUCACUCAUCGCUUCUUAGAGCAGGAGCCCCUGAACACUACCGGAGGAACUGUCCGCAUCGCCGACUCUACCAACUUCCCCAUCUCCAAAACGAUUGCCGCUGCUCAUGUCACCAUCGACGUUGGUGCCCUCCGCGAAAUGCACUGGCACCCUGUUGCUGACGAGUGGUCUUUCUUCAUCAGCGGCCGCGCUCGCGUUACCAUCUUCGCGUCAGAAGGCAACGCCAGGACGUUUGACUACGGCCCUGGCGACGUUGGCAUCGUUCCCAAGAACAAUGGGCAUUUUGUCGAGAACAUCGGUGAUGAGCCCAUUGAAAUGCUUGAGAUCUUCCGCGCUGAAAAAUUCCAGGACUUUUCACUCUUCCAGUGGCUGGGUGAAACACCGAAGAAGAUGGUUGUUGAUCACCUGUUUGCGGAUGACCCGGAGAACGGGGACAAGUUCUGGAACUCGGUCCAGAGCGCCCACAAGAAUCCAGUCACGAAGCCUUGA